AUGCGAAAAGUGGACGAUAGAAGCUUGGAGGUCAAAGGUGGGCGGUGGUUUUCAUGAUGGUUAAUAUUUUUGGCCGAAUAGUAAAAAUAAUAAUGUUUUGUUAGGUUGUCCAACUAAUUCUGUGCCUUCAAAAAUUAAUUUUUUGCCCUCAAAAUCUUUCAAGGCAAAUUCCCUGGGUUAGCAAAUUUUCGGAAUCAGAGGGCUCAGAAUUAUUUGAACAACCUAAUAGUUAAAAAAUAGGUAGAAAUUCGAAUUUUUGGUCGAUUUUGCUUUUUUAAAUGAGUUUUUUAUAUACUUUUCCGUUUUUAGCCAAUUUAUUAAAUUUUGUUACCUAAACAUUAAAAAUAUUGUAGUAGGUGAUUUGUUACCUAAAAUUAAGAAAUCAUGUUGUACCCAAAAAAAUUACUCAAAGUUAAAAAAAGUCAUCUUGUUGAUACCUAAAUUUAGUUUCUUUCUUUUAUCUAUAAGCCUAAAAACGUAAAAAAAAAAAUUUCCAGGACGUGGAUAUGCGGCCCCACCAGUACAACGUCGCGGCCCUUUCGUUAUGCCGUCUCAGCAACGUAAUGUGGCCGCCGGCAAGGUUGCUAUGAUACCUGGGACAACAAAAAACAGCACUACGCAUGAAAGAAGAUCAACCCAAUCAGCUACAGUCCAUUCCAAGUUUGGAUCUCAACAAAAUGUCAAUACUACUGGGCAGUAAGUUGUGAUGAUUUGUAAUUUUACUGAAGUAUCUUGAUAUUAGGCUUGAUAUCUUACUUUUUAUUACUAAAAAAAAUUUUUUCUUUUGAGAAGUCUUUAAAGAUUUAAUUUUGUUAGCGUUAGAAACGUUUUGGCGUCGAUUUACACUUACUUUGCAUUGUAAUAAGCGACAAAAUUUUUUAAGAGCAUGACCAAUGUACGAAAAAACUUUUUUUUUGUUUUUUAGGUAUAUAUGUAUGUAAAUGACGGUACAAUCUCUCAAAAAACUUAUGACAGAUAUGUAGUAAUGUAUUUUAGGGUCUGUAACUGUCAACAUCCAGCCGACCUGACCUUUUUACAAGACAUCUACGUCGAGAACUUGAGGAUCAAAAAUGAAAUGCUUGAACUUCAAAAUAAGUAUUUGUAAGUUUAAACUCAUUACAGUGGAGCUCCUGUAUAACGAAGCGCUUGUGUAUUUGACAGGAGUUCUACUGUAAAUUGUCCUUUAUACAGGAGUUGCACUGUAUUUACAUUGUAUGACAUGGUAGGAUAAUGUCAGUAAUAGGUUGUUCAAAUAAUUCAGGGCCCUCUGAUUCCGAAAAUUUGCAUUGAAAGAGGGCGCAGAAUUAUUUGAACAAAUUAAUAUAAUUUUUUGUCAAGAAACAUAAUACAUUGUAUGACAUGUUAUAAUACGGUAUUUAGUAUGACAUGACAAUAUUAAGGCAUUGUAGUAUUAUAACAUCUAGUAGCAAACUGAUAACAUUAUGACCAAGUACAAGCUAACGACUAAUUUUUAGACAGAACAUAGGAAAAGAAGAAGAUCAAGAGACGAAUAUAAGAAAUGUUCGUGGUUCAGGAACUUCAGCUACAACUACAUAUCAUCAACGUUCCAAAAGAGUCAAUUUCAACGAAAAAGAAGGGCAAUCUUUCAAAGACGAGGACAUUUUCGAUCAGCUGGAGGAGGCUUAUAAGGUAGGGUUAAAGGGAUGUAACUAGACCUGUAAAAGGGCCGGGCCUCAUUUUUUGGUUUGACACACCGGCUGGGCUUUGGUUUGGGGCUUACAUGUGUCUGCCAGGAGAAAGUCACCUACUGCCCUCAACAACAGCCUUGGUUUUUUACUAUGCAGUAUUAGUAGACAUGUAAUAUCAUAUUUACCUCUUAAAACAGUAAACAAUUAAAGUCACGUAAAUAUACAUGUAAUAGUUAUAUGCAUGCCAAACUAUGAUUCUUAUAAAAGCGGUUUUGUCAGUGUAUUAUUAAAAUUGAUGUUUUAUCUUUUUCACUCUGUAAAAAUGCUUAUCUGUUCUUCUUUCACUAUAUACGUGGACGUCGCUAGGGGGUCAGGAACUUUUGGGCAAGAACUUUCGGGGUAAGAUAGGGGAAAGGGUAAAUGGUCUUGGCCCAUCCUCUUGUCCCCAAGGAAAUCUGUAGCGACUUUAAGCAUUGCUUAUAAAAAAAUUAAAAUUAUAGUUUUCGUAAGUAUAACUUCAUCUUUCUAGGCAGAAGGCCGUCUUCAGGAAAAGGUCAAAGCGCUACAACACGAGAAUCGAAAAGUUGUUGCUCAACGUGAUGAAGCUUUAGAACGAUUGGCUGGAUUUGAAGGCGGUAGCAGUAAGUUUCGAACUUUAUUUUGAUAAGUAUCACUGAUUUUUGUAAUAUUUUUUGAGUUUUUACUGUGAUUUAUGCAUGUAUUUAACUAUUAGGCUGUUCAAAUAAUUCUGCGCUCUAUAUCAAUGCAAAUCUUUGGGUUUGGAAACAUAUCAUUCAAUACUGAGUAUUAUAUUUAAUAUAUGGCUGGGGACUUAUACUUCAAAUUUUUUUCUUCAAAAAUAUUUUUUUUCUCAGUGAAAAUUAAAAAAUGGCGCAGAAAAAUACAGAAUUCUGCGCCAUUUGAAAAAAAUAUCGUUUGAAAGAGAGAGAGUCUUUCCUCUAGUGUCUCUUGCUUUAUUGUGCUCUCUUUUUAAAACGGCGCAGAAUUUUGUAUUUUCCUGCGCCAUUUUUUGGUUUUCACUGAGAAAAAAAAAUAUUUUUGAGAAAAAAAAUUUGAAGUAUAAGUCUCCAGCCAUAUAUGAUCAAGUCUUUAAACAUCAACAUAGCACAUUUGCCUUUUCAGAAUCCUUUACAAAAGAACGCAAGACCUUGAUGGAAGACAAUAUUGAGUUACAACGUCGUCUGGACGAUCUAACACCAUUGUUGGCUGAAAAAGACGGUGAAAUCGCAAGGCUUGAAUCUGAACGAAUGACUUUGGCCAAAAGGAUACGUCAGAUGUCAGCUAACACAACGUCACGACAAACCUCGACAGAGAAAGGAGAUUAUCAUGCAAUGGGAGAGUAUAGAGAGUCAAAGAAGCUGAGAGAGAGGGCUAGUGAGUUAGAGAUUGAGUUGAACGAGGAGAGGAAGAAGAUCAUUGAGAAGGCGGUAAGGAUAAGGUUGUAUUGUUGUAGGUAUACAAGUUUUGGGGUUUUUAGGGUAAGGCAAAGUCAGGAAGGGUAAGAUAAGGUAGUACUGAGGAAUAUAGCACAGUAAAGUAAUAUAAGGCAGAGUAAAGUAAAACAUAUUAAUAUAGGGCUGAGUAAUUUAGAAUGGAAUAAGAAUAAGUAAUGCUGAGGCCCGCUAUAAGGUUAGACUACGAUAAUGUCUCAAUAAAAAAAAAUUCUGAGUUGUCUACUUCAACAUCAUCAGUUUUUUCAGGAUGAACUAACCUCCCUCCGCCAGCGCUUCAAAGAACUUCAACUAUCCCUAAAAUCCGAAAAGUCCAUGACCGAAAACGUGACUCAAGAAAACAACAAACUGAUCAAAGAAAACUCCUCAUUGACCAGUCGAAUUUCCCGCCUAGAACAACUUGUAGACCAACAAAAACGUGAACUCAACACCCGACCUCAUGUAGAUAUUACAGUAGAUGAGCUGAGAAAACUCCGUGAGGAUUACAAAAAGAUUCAAGGUGAAUUGGCUGGAGCGAAAGAAAGGAUAAGAUUGGAUGAAGAAGUGAGAGUAAAACUGGAGAAUGAGAUAAAGGAAAGGGAUCAGAAUGAAGAUGAAGAACAGGAGAAGAGGGUUCAGAUUCAGGAGGAAUUGGCCGCAUUGAAAGUGAUGUCAAAUGCUUUGUCAGUUGAGAACCAGGGCUUGAGGGAGGAGAAGAUCUCGUUGAGUGAGAGAAUCGAGGUUUUGUAUGAAAAGGUAAGUCUGAAUUGUAGUAUUAAAUUUGUGGUUAUAUAUUAGGUUGUCCAAAUAAUUAUGUGCCCCUAAACCCGAAAAUUUGCUUUGAGAAGGGGCACGAAAAAUUUAAACAACCUAGUAUUACCAUAGCUAUAGAUACCAAGGCUGGGAUCAAUUACUAUUUAAGAAAAUAUAUUGUGAUUGCUUUUAGCUGGAACAAAGCUCUCUGGAGAUUGAAUGGCUAGCCAAAAAGCUGGAGCAGUUCAGGAUACAAUACUUUGACACUUUGGCUAAACUUCAAAUGGAGUUGCGACGUCAAUCUGAAGCGUGAGUUGGAUUUACAAUUGUUAAGCCUUAUGAAAUGAAACGAUCCUUUCAAAAUUUUUUUGUAGAUUAAAAAGUGCCUAAGAUAUUCAAAAAAGAUUCAAAGAUACCUGAAAGAUUAUAAAAUUAAUUUUGUAUAUUACCUAUAAUAAUAUUGUUUUUAAAACUGAUUAGAAAUUGAUGUACAUGAUCUAUAACAAUGUCAUUAUUCCUUAAAAUUACCCAUGUUAUUUUCAGUGGUUCCGAACUAGAAGAGAUCGUCCGAAAAGCCCAAGAUCUUGUGGUAUCCUUCCCUAAAUCCAAGUCGACUAAAAUAAAGAUUCAUCAACAGAAAUCGACCACUCAAAUCAUUCAUCAACCUCCAACUCCAGUACCUCGCCUUUCAUCUGCUCGUGGAUCGGUCGACGAAGGGGGUUCUGAAUCAGGUAGACCACCUUUAAGUCCAGUAAGAGCAUCACCUAGCCCAAGACCAAUAAAUAUUGACUCUCAGCCUAAGAUCCAACGUACAACCUCAGUUAUGACCUCAUCGUCACGAUCGAAUCGAUCCUUGACAACGUUGAGAAGUCAGUCACAAACUCAGGAAAGCUCCGAAUCCACGGCCUCGAUGUUGGCUCAAAAGUAUCGGCGAAAAAUGUCAUAA